AUGGCACCAAGUGCUAAAGCAAUAGAGACUGUGGACCUGGUAGUGAUCGGCGCCGGCUGGAAUGGGCUCGCGGCUAUCAAAACCUACUGUGAGGUCAACCCACACCACAACGCGGUUUUGCUGGAAGCUGCCAGCUCCAUUGGUGGAGUAUGGGCCCAGCACCGACUGUAUAAGGGCCUCAAUGCAAAUAACCUGCUAGGCACUUAUGAGUUUAGUGACUUUCCAAUGGAUGAGAAAGUCUUUGGUGUUAAACCAGGUCAACAUAUUCCAGGGGACGUAGUUCACCGAUACCUGGAAGCAUAUGCAAACACAUUUGGAGUGCUUGGCCGAAUUCGACUCAACCACAGUGUUGAAAGCGCCCAGCGGAACGUGGAUGGAACAUGGCAGCUCAGAGUAUGGCAUGAAGAAAAGUUGGUGACUAUCAACACCAAGAAGCUUAUCGUGGCCACGGGCAUCACAUCGCAGGCGUACCUACCCUCCUUUAAGGGCCAGGAGGUUUUCAAUGUGCCACUGUUCCACUGUCGUGACAUGUUACAACAUGAGGGACAGAUCCUAAGAUCCGAAGAGCGAGUAACUAUCUUUGGAGGUACGAAGUCUGCAUGGGAUGCGGCUUAUACAUGUGCAACUUCAGGAAUGAAGGUGGACUGGGUCAUUCGUGAAUCUGGACACGGCCCCGUUUGGAUGUCGCCGCCCUAUGUGACGCCGCUGAAGAGGCAUUUAGAGAAACUGGUUACCACCAGAUUUCUGACAUGGUUUAGCCCGUGCAUUUGGGGUGCCGCGGAUGGGUUUACCAGCGUGCGCAACUUCCUGCAUAGGACCUGGCUGGGACGGAAGAUUGUCGAUGCCUUCUGGUCAGUGUUAGCCAAUGAUGUGGUGCAGCUCAAUGGUUACGACCAACAUCCUGAGACGAAGAAGUUAAAGCCAUGGGUCAGUCCCUUUUGGGUUGCCUCGUCGCUAAGUAUUCUGAAUUACCCGACGGACUUUUUCGCUCUCAUCAAGGAUGGCGCCAUCAAGGUGCACAUAGCCGACAUAGACCACCUGUCAGACCACAUAAUCCAUCUCUCCACAGGCGAGGAUCUACCGACCACGGCUCUUAUUUGCUCAACCGGGUGGCGCUGUACCCCGAACUUGAAAUUCCUACCCGAGGGCAUUGAUCGCAAAAUGGGAUUUCCUUGGAGCGAAGACCCCCUAGACGCCGCCAUGGUCCAAGCAGCAGAUAAAGAGAUAUUGCUCCGCUUUCCAAGUUUGCAGAAUUACCCAGCUCCUAAUCCCAAAUUCCGGCCGCUCGAUGACCACGCUGAAGCUGCCGUGCCACACCCUUUUCGUCUUACUCGCUUUAUGGUUCCGCUAUCAAGCAUUGAGGAUCGCUCAUUGGCAUUCAUGGGCAUCGUAAGCUCGAUUGAUACGUCCUUGAUAGCACAGACUCAAGCUCUUUGGAUUGCUGCUUAUUUUGGUGGCCAACUCACUCCAACAGCGAUAGAACGUUGUCCUCCAGCGGUCCGUGCAGCAAUAGAUUUGAAAAUUGACGACGAUGACGAAAUCGAUCUAGCAUGGGAGACCACGCUACACUCCGAGUUUGGCAGAUACCGCUGCCCGGGAGGUUUUGGCCGCCGAAACCCAGAUUUUGUUUUCGAUGCGAUUCCGUAUAUCGAUCUGAUGUUGCGUGACCUAGGUCUGUCUACUGAACGGAAAGGGGGUCUAUUUUCACAAUGCUUCUAUUCAUACGGUGCUGAAGACUACAAGGGACUUGUUGAUGAAUGGAAAGCCAAGACUUAG